AUGUCGCUGUCGGAUCUCUUCAACGUCUCGCGCGCGACCCGUCGCGAUAAAGCUCGCGAGCAGGACCUGCUGCCCACGCCCACAUCGGCCAGGGGGAUCUCGACACGACUUUGCAACAUCUGCUACACCACUGCAGCCUCAUAUACUUGUCCUAAAUGCAACAUCCCCUUUUGCUCGCUCGAUUGCUUCCGCAGCUCGGAUCACGAGCAGUGCUCGGCCGCCUUCUCGUCGGUUGCUGUGCGAGGCGCUUCGGAGUCAAUAGCCAGUGAGACGAACGAUGGCGAUCGCCGCAAAGUCUUUGACAUGCUCCAUCGUCUUCAGGCGGAUGAAACCUCUGCUCGAGAGGGUCAACUGCGCGAAUCCGAUAGCGAAAGCGGGGACACGGAAGCAGAAGCAGAAGAUGCACUGCGGCAGGCAGCGUUCACACCCGAGCAGGUGGAAGCUGCAUCCACCGACGAGCUUCUGGCAAUGCUCACGGAAAAGCAAAAGGUCAAGUUCCUCAAUGCGAUGAAGAGCCAGCAGUCAGCUACAAAGCUCAUGCGGCGCUUGGAUCAGAAAGCUGCUCGACACGCGAGUGCGAGUUCAAGCCAGGAGUCGGACGGUGCAUUGACGGUGCAGCGCUUGAAAGCUCAACAGCCGCAAGCUAGCGCUCGGGAAACCUCUGUAUAUCAGUUCGCUCCGUGGUUCAAGAAGUCAGAUGCGUUCAUCGACUUCACCGGCCGGUCGGAGGAGCAAGUGUCUUCUUUCGUCGACACGCUCACCAAGCUCGCAGCUGCGAAGCCUUCCGGAACUUCCGCAACGGACGCGCGUCCAGCGCUGGAUCUUCGGUACAAUCUGUGCGCAGCUCUCAUGGCCUACGCUUACGUCCUCCGUCACCUGGACACCACGAGUCUCUCCGAGCUCACCCGACCUUCCAAGAAUCCAACGAACCCAGCGACCUCCGACACGGACCGCCUACGUUCGAUCAUUCCGCCAGACUUCGAUGACACCUUUGGCAACACCGACGACGACGGCCCACCGCCACUCGAGCCCGAUGUCCCAGAACCUGCUCCUCGAGCGCCAUCUAUACCCACCUCGACCUCCCCGCAUCGUCCUAGUCUAAGCACCUCCCCAUCCAUCCUCGAUGAUGUCUACACCGUCCACACGGCGUUUGACAAGCUGCGCACUCUUGUGCCCUUUCUCUUCUCGCACCCUGCACGCGCCGCGUCCAGCUUUCCCCGUGGAAAGGGCACGACUGUUCUGUCAACACUCGAAGAUGCCUCGCUCUGGGUCCUCUCCCACCUCUCGUUGGACACCGAAGUUGGGCCUGGCGGUGCAGACGCGCUCGCUCUACAGCUGCUCGAAGACCUCGCCGAUAUCUUGGCCGUCGAGCGACUCGCUCCCAGCCUCGACUCCGGCGACGCCGUCGAGCCACGACACUGGCUCGUGUCCCGCUUCACGGCCUUGCAGCCCGAGACCGCCUUCUCGAUCGCUCAGUCGCCGUCGUUGCUCAGUGCAGUCGCGGAUCUGUACUUCUUCCUCGACGAUUUAGCCUCAGACGGGCGCGACAAGCUCGAGCCUUCCGUGCAAAAGUCGCUCAAGCUGACCCAGCGCAAGCUCUGCUUCUACCUCAGCAACGCCCUCUUUCGCAAGCAAAACUCGAGCGAGCCGGCAUCCCGAGACCUUCAGCUGGAACUACAGCAGGCGCUUGAAACAACGCGCCGCCGCAUCCAUGCCACCACAGACGCAGAAAAGCUGACCAGCGCGCUCUCGCUCAUGGCCAACGAUGGCGCGGGAACAUCCGACAUCCGCCUUCCAGCUCGAGAUGCAAGCUGA